AUGGCGAGUCACAACCCCUUUGCGGUGGAUGGGGCGUCCCCGGCAGCAGCUGGAUCACGGCGCAUCUCCAGUACCUCAAGCAAUCCUUUUGGCGAUUCGCCGUCUGCUUCGAGCUCAAGCCGGCCAUCGCGCAAGGCCAGUUCAGCCAAUCCGUUUGCUGACGCAUCAGCAGCCGAUCCGUUUGAGUCACCGCCGGUCUCACCCACCAAGGUCAAGUCGGAAGCACAGUCUGUCGGUGGCGCUCGCUCUACCCGCCCGGUCACUAUCACCACUACCGCUGCCAAGGCAUCCGAGGCUUCUUCGGCGGCCAGCAAGUCUGGCAAGACUCCUAAAGCAGCAAGCCAGAUCCGAGCAGCUACGUCUGCGGCCCCGAUCAUUCCAGCCGAGCAUGUCAUGACGCACCUCGAUCCAAACGCCGUGAGCGUCUUGAGCUCCACCGAUCAGAUCAAGGUGUGGGGUGCUGAUCUGGAGCCUGACGGCGACGAUGACAACCCAGUGGCGCCCGAUGGCGGCUCGGCAGUACGACGCUCCACCGUGGCUGGCCGCAAUGAUCCAGGCUCAGCUGGCGUGUAUGCCAGCACCCUUCGUCGCACCUUUACCCUGAGCAACCGCUCGCAACUUGAGGUCAUGCGCCUUGUCAAAGAAAAGCACAUUUCUAUUGACGAAGCCUUGGCUUUGGCCGCCACCCGCGAGGAAGAGGAAGCGGCCUUUUCCAUCUCCAAUGAGGCUCAACUCGACCUCUUGCACCGCGUCAAGGCCGGUGAGCUCACUCAGGAACAGGCAACAUCCACUGCGCGCGAGCUCUCCAAGGAACAGGAGGAGCUGGCAGCGCAGCGCGAGAAUGAGGAAAUGGCCCAAGAGUUUGAUGACUUUUUGAACAUGUUCAUUACUGGACGUUCACGAUCCGACUCUGUUGACUCGCUGCAAGAGGCCCGCGCCACGGCUGAAGCCUUGUUCCAGGAUCCUAGCGCCCUCGAUGUCUAUUGUCAACCCGUACGCCCCCUAGCUGAGAUUGAAGCCGAGCACUCGGCCAAUGUAGGUCAUCAAGACGAGGUCUACCAGAUUCAAGGCCAGCAAUUUUAA